UCUGCGUGGGCAGUUACACAAGUGGUAGUCACAUAAGCUCAGAGUCGAGUAUUUCUUUACUGUCUGUGGAUUGAGCUUGCCUGCCGUCACGUCCAACCUUUCUUGAUUGAGAUUAGACAUGUGCGAGGACAUCUGAGAGGCUGCUUAGCAGGCUCUGUAGCUCAGGUAAAUUCAAAUUCUGGAUUUAGGCGUAUUGGAGGUCCAAAACGAGUUGAAAAGAUGAUUCUUGCCACAGCCCAACGCGCAACAGCGAGUGUGAUUAACACCUUACUACCUUACAAUGGAGUCGUCGAAGAGGGACUUAUGCAAUGCAUUCAUCGAGAAAACGAGGACUCAGCGUCGCGGCCCUUGACUAAUAAUAUGAAAGCUACUGACUUUGGCACUGGAAAGGACAAACACCGAGCGUCUCGUCCAACGGAUCUGGGGCGUAUAACGACGCUAAGCAAUGGUCUCUCGGGUCGUUUUUCCGGAAGUUCACAAGCAGGGGGAUCACAGACCUCUUCUCCAGAGUCUUCUUUGGACUUAGACUCUUUGCCCGAGUCUUCAAUUAAUCAUUCUCAUGAACUGUUGGAAAAUGAUACAAGGAACCUUGUGGACGUUUUAUGUCGUAGUUACAACGGCCUCAAACAUCCACGGUGUUCCAAGCCGAAGGCGCUAGCCACCAUGGACCGCGUUGUGAAGAGCCUAGUCUUAAAGCACGAGAUUGUAUACAAAGGCAUGAUCAACAAACUUAAUUUUGAUGAGCGAGGGGAUGACAUGAGCUUCAUCUCCACUGUAGCCAAAGAGAUGUUCAGUGAUGGCAAAACUAACUGGGGACGGAUAGCCAGCUUGUUGGCCUUCGGUGCAGUGCUGUGCAGUCAUCUGAAAACCAGGGGACAGGAGGGCUCCAUUGACCAAGUGGGCAAUCGGAUCUCUUCUUACCUGCUCUCAGACCAACAGGAAUGGUUGAUCAACAACAAGGAAUGGGAUGGAUUUGUGGAGUUUUUUAAUGAGCGCGACCCAGAGUCUACUGUGAGGGGAGCACUCAUGACGCUUGCAGGAGUGGCUGGGAUUGGAGCAGGGCUUGCAUUUCUCAUCAGAUGAAUGUUUUAAUUGCAAGAGAUGAGUAAACUAUCAACAUGGACAAGAUGUCUCCGGACCAGAGAGCCUCUGUGUAAAUAAGUCACAUGAUGACUGCCUUGAUGAUGAACGUUGACUGACUUAGAUAUACUUUGACUCUGAAAAGGAGCCGUUGGAGUGGAGACUGGGCUGAGAAUGAAACAAACAUUUGAACAUUUACAGAUGACUAUAUUUGCCUUUUUAGGAUGUUGUAAUAUAGAGAUAUUUAUUUUUAUAUUAAAUAUUUUCUGGAAAAAAUAUAUCUUGGGUAGCAUCCAAUGUUGUUACUAGCCUGCACACCUCACCAGAUGUGAGAUUUAUAUAUAGUGAUAUAAAAAAAAAAAAGCUAUUUUGCAGUUAACUUCAGUGAUGCACCAAUCCUAGUAUAUUGAUUGAAAAUGAAAGGAAAUAAUUCUAUAUGAUGGCUGUAGAUGGGCUGGUCCACUUUGUGCAACUGCUAAGUUGAGCUAUGCCCCCCUGUUCUUUUUCUCACUAUACUUUAUUACUGUAGGUUUUGUUUUGUUUUGUUUUUUAGCUAGUUUUUCAAUUUUAUAGCCUUUCCAGCACAAUUUGAGGGGGUGACAAAGCAGGAACUAAGAAGUAGAUUCAAAGAUUGGCCUGUUUUACAUGUAAUGGCUGUGACCUCAUAAAGCUUUCUUCCUUGUAGCUUAAUUCAUAGCUUUUAAGUUCCUGAUAUGGAGUCAUCACACCUUGAUGGGAUGAACUCGGUCGUUGAGAGUAGAGCAGAGUGACACUUUGAUGAUUGACCGAGUGAUUGAUGUGACUUAAAUGGCUCAGACACACACAGCACAAAAUCCAAUCACAUUCACAAAUAGCACAUCACAAAUAAAACUGGUGUAGCAUA